AUGGGAAAAGGUGAUGAGAAGACUAGUCUUACAAGACUGGCUAUUGUUAACUUUGAGCUUUGUAAGCCAUCCCAAUGUGCAUCUGAGUGUAGGAAAGCAUGCCCUGUAAACAAGACAGGAAGGGAGUGCAUAAGAAUAGAGAAGAAGUCUGUGAUAUCGGAAGUUUUAUGCAUUGGAUGCUCUGCAUGCCAGAAGAAAUGCCCUUUUAAAGCAAUUUCUAUAAUCAACCUCCCGACAAACCUGACCAAGGAAAUAACACAUAGGUAUGGCAUGAAUGGAUUCAAGCUGCACAGGCUUCCGAUUCCAAGGCCUGGAAAAGUGCUUGGAUUGGUGGGCACAAACGGGAUAGGAAAGAGCACGGCACUGAAGAUUUUAUCCGGAGAAAUAAAGCCCAAUCUUGGCAAGUAUGACAACCCUCCUGGAUGGGAGGCAAUCUUAGGAUACUUCAAGGGAUCAGAGCUUCAAGGAUACUUUACCAAGAUUCUUGAAGGGCAGCUGAAGAUAACGUCUAAAAUCCAGUACAUUGACAGGCUUCCAAAGAUGUUGAAGAGAAGAUUUAGUUCUGGAGUGAGGAAUACACUUGAAAGUCUUUCAUUAGACGAUGAUGGGACUGCACCAGAUGACAAGCUACUUGUCAAAGAUGUUCUUGAAAAGAUGGAUCAAAAGAAGAAGAAGAAUUACUAUAUAGAGAAGAUGUGUCUUAAAAACAUACUUGAUAGGGAUAUUGAGGAACUAAGCGGAGGAGAGCUCCAAAGGUUUUCUUUGGCAUUAGCAUGCAUGCAGCAGAGCGAUGUUUAUAUAUUUGAUGAACCUUCUAGCUAUCUUGAUGUCAAGCAGAGACUCUCGGCAGCAAAGGAGAUUCGAGAGCUCUGCGAAGACAAUAGUUAUGUAAUUGUUGUUGAACAUGAUCUUGCAAUACUCGAUUUAAUGAGUGACUUUGGAUGUGUGCUAUAUGGGCAGUCUGGGGCGUAUGGAGUGAUAACAGCCCCAUAUGCCAUAAAGUCUGCAAUCAACAUUUUUCUUGAUGGGUACAUACCAACCGAGAACAUGAGGUUCAGGCCUUCUGAGCUUAAGUUCGACAUCUCUGAAAGACCCACCAAGGACAUUGAGAAAAGGGCGGAGCAUUGGUAUGGAGCGAUGACAAAGACGUAUGAAUCUUUCAGGCUCGAAGUGAAGGAGGGUACCUUCUGUGACUCUGAGAUAAUUGUAUUUCUCGGGGAGAAUGGAAUGGGGAAGACCACACUUGUCGGGCUAGUCGCCGGGCUUAUAAAACCUGAUUUGGAGGAAGAGUUUACUAUGCUUAGCUACAGUUUGAAGCCUCAAAAAAUACUUCCCAAGUACAAAGGUACUGUUAGAGAGCUCUUUAUGUCAAAGAUCAGGUCCUCAUUUAUGAAUCAAUCGUUUGUAAACGAUGUUAUCAAGCCGCUCAACAUUGAAUAUACUUAUGAUCAAUUGGUUCAAAAUUUGAGUGGAGGAGAGCUUCAAAGAAUUGCAAUAGCCAUAUGUCUUGGGAAGGAUGCAAACAUAUAUCUCAUUGAUGAACCAUCAGCAUUUCUUGACUCAGACCAAAGAAUAGCGAUAUCCAAAGUUAUAAAGAAGUUUAUAUACUCCAACAACAAGAUAGCAUUUGUUGUUGAACACGAUCUUAUAGUUGGAACGUAUCUUGCAGAUAAGGUGAUUGUAUUUGAAGGGGAGCCCGGUGUUUCAAGCGUAGCUUCCGCUCCGAUGGAUCUUUUGGAAGGCAUGAACAUAUUUCUCAAGAACUUAGACGUGACCUUCCGAAGGGAUUCAAGCAAUCUAAGACCUAGAGUUAACAAGCCUGGAUCUGCAAAGGAUAGAAUGCAAAAGGAAAACAAUCAGUACUUCUUCACUUGA